AUGAGCCGAUACUCUGAACUCUCGGAUGACAUAGAUUUCGAGUUCACACCCGAGAAAGAUGAUACAAACGAGAUAAAUGAAUAUCUGCUAAGAUGUCUCGAUGAAACCCAAACUGCUGCUCGUGUCGCUGUAUCUAAGCAGCACGAGGCAUUUGUCAACCCUGGGUUAACGAUUGCUAACAUUCUUAUACCAUUACCACUGAUGCCUCGUGAUGCCGAGACGAUUAGGAGUGUAUCUGAAGAAGCUUCCUUUGGCAAAGGUGACGAGACAGUGGUUGAUACUUCGGUACGCAAGAUAUGGGAACUUGAUCACACUCAAUUCAUGUUUGCGAAUCCCGCCUGGCAAGCCUAUGUUGCCACCUUAUUGGAAGAUGCCGCACAAAGUUUGGCUAUGUCAGAGGUGAGAGCUGAGCCUUGUAAGCUGCUUCUAUAUGGAGAAGGCUCUUUCUUCGAAUCUCAUAAAGACUCGGAGAAUGUCCCAGGAAUGAUCGGAAAACUAGUAAUUUGCCUUCCCUCGAAACAUGAUGGCGGUAGUAUUCAUCUGUCUCAUGCUGGCAAGAGUUACGUCUUCGAUACAGAUAAGACUUCUGACUUCGGCCUAACGAGCCUUUCGUGGUUCUCUGAUGUUACGCCCGAGAUCCAACCCUUGAAGUCCGGAUACCGCUUGGUAUUAAUAUAUAACGUCACCCAUACGGGUCACAAGCACAUAUCUGCUGGACUGGUCGAACAGCAAUCAGAGAAUCUCCGUUCGGCACUAGUUGAAUGGCAGUCAAAGCUACCGUUCCAGGGGAAGCUAGUUUAUAAGCUUGAGCACAAAUAUACAAAUUCAAGUCUGAAGCUGAGCAACCUUAAAGGCCGGGAUAGAGCUGUAUGUCAGAGUCUGUACGAGGUUGGCUUAAGCUGCGGCUUUACCAUUUUUCUUGCCGAGAUGAUCCGAACGCAGGGCGCGGAUCCCCGUGAGUCUGAUGAGUACGAAUGGUCAACAACAGGGUUAACAAGACUGGAAGACGUGAGAACUUGUGAUGGAUUAGCUGUCUGCAAUAUCGUAUUCUUGAACAGUGGGGAUAUCCUAGGGUCAAACCUAUGGGACCGAGACGCCGAUAGUGAAAGUGGAGGUGACUUUACUGGCAACGAAGACAUGUCGCUGACCCUCCGUUAUCAUGACACUGUAAGUUCGCGAUAA